AUGCCUCCCCGUCGAAAGAACAAGACACUGACAUACCUUCUUCCUGACCUCCCAGCUGGGUCAUCUCAACCACUUGCCUCUGAAUCUGUCAUCCACCAAUACAGCGACAUCCGCUCUGAUGGUUCUGUGGCUUUGUCGGCUGUUUCAAGACCAGUGCCAAGUGCUUCAAUGGAAUCACCGCUAGUUUCCGAUACCGAACAUGUUUCUCAAGACCAGGAUCAUGUGCAAUUUGAGGUGGAUAUUCAGGAGUAUGCCCGUGAGCUUCGCGAGAUGACCCACUCCGCCAAUGGGUUCAUUAUCAUCGUGACACAUUCUUGUCGGAACUGCUCCAACGAGAAGGGCGCGGAAAACAUCAGUAUUUAUUGUGGUGCUCUGUCAUGCCAAGCAUGUGUUUUGCAAGCACACCAUGCUCUUCCGUUCCACAGAAUUGAGCAAUGGAAUGGGUCGUUCUUUGAGAAGCGGCAACUGAAAGCACUCGGCCUCCGCAUCCAAUUGGGACAUUGGCAUGAUGGUAAUCGAUGUCCGCGACCGAUUCACGCUGCUGGCGAUGAUUUUCUUGUCAUUGACACCAAUGGUAUUCACGAAAUUGGAUUAGACUUUUGCGGCUGUCUGACGAAUGGAACACCAACCCAACAACUCAUUCGCGCUGGCCUGUAUCCGGCAACAACGACUAAUCCACGCACGGCAGCAACCAUCAAUGUCCUACGCCAUUUCCAUCUCAACUUCCUCGAGUCUAAAUGCAGUGCUUACGACUUCUACUAUUCACUCGCACGUCAAACGGAUAACAUGGGACUGUCCGGGACACAGGAUCGCUAUGACGAGUUUCUCCGCAUGACGAAACAGUGGCGCAAUCUUCAACUGCUUAAGCGUGCUGGCCGCGGGAACUCUACAAGUGGUGUGGCUGGUACGCAGCCUGGCGAGUGUGCCCUCCUCUGUCCUGCCUGUCCGCACCCAGGGAAAAACCUUCCAGCUGACUGGGACCAGGCACCAGAAGAUAGACGGUUUCUUUUUGCACUGUUCUUGGCCAUUGAUGCAAAUUUCCGUUUGAAACGGAAAGAUGUCUCAUCGGAAGCCAAAGAUCCCGGGUUGGGUCAUGGAUGGGCCUUUUAUUGUCAAGUCGAAGAGUACAUGUCCCAUGUCAAAAAGCAUUGGAACGACCGGCAGCCAAAAAGUCGCUGCGUUGCACAUGACGCUGUUGAUAAGCCGGAUCGAGAAGCCCGAGGAACUGCGUCAUCGGGAAUUGGCGCCGUUGAUUGCGCGCGACACAAUAUGAAGCGGUCACUCAGUGUCGGCGAUUUACAGCUCGGCGAGCGAUAUAUCAAUAUGGAUUUUAUGUUUUUCCGAAGCGUUAGCGGCACUGACCUAGUGUCUUUUUUUGUGUCUUACGACAUUGCCUGCCAGUGGCACAUCAAUCUCUGGGAACGGAUGGCAAAAUAUUCCAACCACCUGCUUUCGAUUGAUCAUGGAACCAGGUAUUUCGUCUUCCUGGUGCCGAAGUUCCAUCUCCCGGCACAUAUUGAGGAGUGCAACAUCCGUUUCUCGUUCAAUCUCACUCGGUCAGUGGGGAUGACCGAUGGUGAGGCUCCGGAACGGGUCUGGGCUGCCACCAAUCCUCUCGCUGGAAGUACUAUGAACAUGGGGCCAGGUUCACGCCGCGAUGCACUCGACGACUUCUUCAAUGACCAAAAUCACAAGAAGAUUAUCGGUCUUGGUAUGUCAUAUUUGCUUAUGCUCGGAUCAUCCGGUCCCAACAUCAGGAAAACCCAAAGUUACUGGAAGCCACUGGCAGAGCUGGGGAACUGUGCCAACUGGAGCCAGUGCGCUCCAGAAUUGUCAAUAUUGCCAGUUGGUGCCAGUAUGAUGCAGCUGUCUAAUACACUGGUAAGUAGGUGGAUUUAA